AUGGGUCUUGCUAUGCUCAGAGGGUUUGGGAAGCAGCUACUGAGGGUGAAGGUGGUGGACUGUAGCACGGAGGAAUCGCGACUCUCCCGAUGUCUUAACACCUUCGACCUGAUUGCCCUGGGAGUGGGCAGUACGCUGGGAGCUGGAGUCUACGUCUUGGCCGGCGCCGUGGCCCGCGAUAACGCCGGGCCGGCCAUCGUGCUGUCCUUCCUCAUCGCCGCGCUGGCCUCGGUCAUGGCCGGGCUGUGUUACGCCGAAUUUGGAGCCAGAGUGCCCAAAACGGGCUCUGCGUAUUUGUACAGCUACGUGACUGUGGGCGAACUCUGGGCAUUCAUCACUGGGUGGAAUUUAAUCCUCUCCUAUAUUAUUGGAACCUCCAGCGUGGCUCGAGCGUGGAGCGCCACGUUUGACGAGCUGAUCGGGAAACACAUCGAGCAGUUCUGCAAGCUCCACGUGAGCAUGAAUGCUCCAGGAGUCUUGGCCGAGUACCCGGACAUGUUUGCCGUCGUUAUCAUCCUGACUCUAACCGGUUUACUUGCAUUCGGAGUGAAGGAAUCAGCCCUGGUCAAUAAGGUGUUCACCUGCAUUAACGUCCUGGUGCUCAUGUUUGUCGUGGUGUCGGGCCUGAUCAAAGGAUCGCUGAAAAAUUGGAAUCUCGUCACGGAAGAAAUUCUCAACAGCACAGCUAGCUUUAAUGGGACAGAGACUUUAUCUAGUGACAGCCUGGGCGUGGGGGGUUUCAUGCCCUUUGGAUUCACAGGGGUCUUGUCUGGAGCUGCAACCUGCUUCUAUGCCUUUGUUGGAUUUGACUGCAUUGCUACCACAGGGGAGGAGGUGAAAAACCCCCAGAGGGCCAUCCCCAUUGGCAUCGUGGCCUCUCUGCUCAUCUGUUUUGUGGCUUAUUUUGGAGUGUCGGCCGCCCUCACCAUGAUGAUGCCGUACUACAUGCUGGAUAAGAACAGUCCUCUUCCCGUGGCGUUUAAGUACGUGGGCUGGGACGGGGCCACGUACGCGGUGGCUGUGGGCUCUCUCUGCGCCCUGUCCACCAGUCUCCUGGGCUCCAUGUUCCCCCUGCCACGUAUUAUCUUUGCCAUGGCUCAAGACGGGCUUCUCUUCUCCUUUCUGGCUCGUGUCAGUGAAAGGAAGACGCCCAUCAUUGCCACCAUGAUGGCAGGGCUCCUGUCCGCGGUCAUGGCCUUCCUCUUUGACCUGAAGGAUCUGGUUGAUCUUAUGUCCAUUGGCACACUGUUGGCAUACACUUUAGUGGCUGCCUGUGUCUUAGUUCUAAGGUACCAGCCUGAGCAGCCCAGUGUGAUUGUGACGUAUCAGAUCGCUAACUCUCAGGAGGACGAAGAGGCUGAUUCCAUUAAUGAAAGCAGUGCAGACAUCCUGCCUGAGGAGAGCUGUACCAUCAGAAAUCUGCUUUGCCCUAAGAUCACUGAACCCUCACGCCUCUCUGGCUCCAUAGUCAACAUCUGCACCUGCGUGUUAGGUGUCUGUGUUUGUGUGUUUUGUGUGGUGGCAGUUCAGGGCGGCUUUGAAAUCUGGUCCCUGGCAGUUCUCAGCAUGCUGAUUGUUGUCUCUCUCUGUAUCACACUGUUGAUCUCAAGACAGCCACAGAGCAAAGCCAAGCUCUCCUUUAAGGUUCCUCUGUUGCCGUAUCUCCCAGUCCUCAGCAUGUUCAUUAACCUCUACCUUAUGAUGCAGCUAGACAAAGGCACAUGGAUGCGUUUUUCCAUCUGGAUGGUUAUAGGCUUUAUCAUCUAUUUUAGCUACGGGAUCAGAAAUAGUGCAGAGGCAGCCUUGGCCAGGAACAACAUGGAAAGCAGCAGUAACACGUACAGGCCCGCCUCCAUGAUGAAUGGUCAGCCAAUCCCAGAGAAGGCAGCAUUUCUAUCCAAUGGCAUUGCCUUCGCAGGCGAGGAAGACAAUGACCCUUAA